AGGACUUGGCUCUUUCAACCCUUUCCUUUACAGCCACCAUGAAUCUCCUCUUCUCGUGCCUUAACACCAGUAAUAUCGGGAUCUUAACGGCGUUUCUCUUGACGGUUUGGUUACUCUGGAGGUCGCCUAGAGCCAGCAAAGCCAAACUACCGCCGGAAGCUGCCGGAAAAUGGCCCCUUUUCGGUCAUCUCCACCUCCUAGCGGGACCCAAGCUUCCACAUGAGGCCUUGUGCGAAUUGGCCGACAAGUACGGGCCCAUCUUCAGGAUCCGCGUCGGGGUGCACCCGGCUUUGGUGGUUUGCAGUCGCGAGGCGGCCAAGGAGUGCUUCACGGUGCAUGAUGUCGCGGUCUCUUCGCGUCCCAAGCUCAUGAGCGGGAAGCUCCUGGGCUAUGACUAUGCAAACUUCGGGUCUGCCCCGUAUGGGGCGUAUUGGAGAGAAAUGCGGAAAGUGACGGCCUUGGAGCUGCUCUCCAAUCGCCGGCUCCAGCUGCUGAGUCAUAUCAGAGAGUCGGAGAUGGAGAUUUGGUUGAAAGCUAUGUACAGGAGGUGGAUUGAGACGAAAGAUGGCACGGACCAUGCCCGGUUAGAGAUGAAAAUGUGGUUCGGGGACUUGAACCUCAACGUGAUCCUACGAAUGGUCACGGGGAAGCGCUACUUCAUCGGCAGUGCGACAGGGGGUGACGAGGGGAAGGCGGGGCGGUGCCAGAAGGCGGUGAAGGAGUUGUUCCACCUGGCGGGGCAGUUUUUGAUGGCGGAUGUGGUCCCCUUUUUGGAGUGGCUUGACGUGGGAGGGCAUCAGAAGGCCAUGAAGAGGACGGCGAAGGAGAUGGACGGUAUACUUCAGGAAUGGUUGGAGGAGCUUCGCCAGAAGGAGGAGGAGGAUUCAUCGGGUGGUGUUAAUGUUGAGCAGGAUUUCAUGGACGUUCUGCUUUCUGUCAGGGUUGAGUCUAAACCAGAGGAUGUUGAUGCUGAUACCAUCAACAAAGCCACAACUAUGAGUCUUGUCGCCGGAGGCACGGACACGACCGCCGUCACCCUAACAUGGGCUCUCGCCUUGCUCCUAAACAACCCGCUCGCCAUCAAGAGGGCCCAAGCUGAGCUGGACAUCCACGUAGGAAGGGACAGGAUGGUCAAAGAGUCGGACCUGAGAAAGCUCGCCUACGUCCAAGCCAUAGUCAAGGAGACCCUCCGCCUGUACCCUCCUGCCCCACUCUCGGGCAUGCGCGAGUUCACCCAGGACUGCACCGUCGGAGGGUACCACGUGCCCGCGGGCACGAGGCUCAUCGUCAACCUGUGGAAGCUCCAGAGAGACCCAAGCGUCUGGGAGCGGCCCGACGAGUAUGAGCCUGAGCGGUUCUUGACCGGCGCGCACAAGGACGUGGAUGUGAAGGGCCAGCACUUCGAGCUCAUCCCGUUCGGGGGCGGCCAUCGGGCUUGUCCCAGGGCGAACUUUGGCGUUCAAAUGGUGCAGCUGACGCUGGCCAGCUUAUUGCAUGGGUUUGAUGUGAGGACCGCUCAAGGCAAUGGCGCUGUGGACAUGACUGCUGUUGCUGGGCUGACCAUCGACAAGGCCACUCCGCUUGAAGUCAUGGUGAGGCCGCGCUUGUCUCCUACUUACGAGGGAUUUGGAUCUUCUGUAGAUUAGGUCCUUCAUUGCCCA